ACAGACACAGAACAAACUCCAAGAAACAAGUAGCAGUCACAUCAAGGAAUAAAGUUCACUUCUAGAGGAACGGAUUACAAACUUCUGCAUGGAUGUGUGUUUUGGACUAAAGACCUUAUCAUGAAAGUUCAGCUCCUGCACUUUUUCUGCCGCAUGCCAGAAGAUUAAACUUGUCCUUUUUGUUUCUCUUGUCUUUUUAUUUAUUUAUUAUUAUUAUUAUUAUUGUUAUUUUACUGGACACAUGGACUGAUCGUCAGUUUUCAGCACCUUGGAAUAAUGAGUGACUCCUCUUGGAUUCAUCUUCAUUUGUGGAUUUAACAAUUCUUACGUUGUACACUAUAUAUGAUUGAAGUCAAAAUUUCAAAGAACUAUGGAAUCUUUAUUUCAAAUUUACCUUUUUACAGCCACUGUCUCCUGUAUUAAGGUUUAUGGUCAAGUGGUACAACCUUUCAAGCAUCCAGGCCUGCAGGUGUUGGCCACGGCCUCACAUUAUUGGCCUCUGGAUGCUGUGGACGGGAUCCAUGAGCUGUGGGACCAGAUUGGAAACAGACCAGGUCAUGUUAACGGAAGUAAUAUAACUCUCAGAAUCCACAACCACACUGUGCUCCCUUCCUCCCAUAACUCUUCCUAUGUGUAUACCAAUGACUCUGCCUACACUAACAUUUCUGCAACAGUAGACAUUGUUGAGGGAAUGGUCAACAAGGGCAUUUUUCUAAAUGGAGACAACGGUGCUACAUUUCUCCACUUUGGAAGCUACCAGAACUCUUGCAUUAGUGACCCUACUUUGUGUGGCCCAAAGGGGAUUACCUUUUCCUUUUUUUGGAAAAACCAUGAAGUACAGUCACGUUUCGCUGUAGCGUCUGGAGGGAAAGUUAUUUCCAACGGUUUCUCUGUCUAUGCCAAUCCCUUUGGAGGAUAUGUGGAGUUUUACACCAGAGGCAAUAACAAGAGAUGGAAGGCUAAUAUCAGCACCCCAGGCCCUUUCUGGACCCACAUUCUCUUUACAUGGACUAGGAAAGAUGGUCUGAAGGUCUACAUCAAUGGGACCUUCAGUAUUGGUGACCCCACUGGCAGCAUGUCUGAGAACUAUGGCGACCCAUACCCCAACCUCGUCAUUGGAACUGGCAAUGAGCAAGGUUACGGCCACUAUGUCACAGGCGCCUUUGAUGAGUUUAUCAUUUGGGAAAGGGCCCUUUCACCCAAUGAGAUCCUGCAGUACUACAACGCUGCCAUAGGUCAAGCCAUCGUUUCUCCCACAACACCCAACGCCCCCAAACAAGCCACUUCAACUAUGCCAACAAUUAGAGCCACUGAAGUGAGUCCGCCUGUCAUCAGCAGUAAGCGUGAGGAACUCCAAAGCUCCCAAGAACCGCUGUCCAUGCCCAUGUUGGGCUUCUGGGACCCGCGCCUGCCCAACAGGACCAUUCCCUACGAUACUGCCAACAACCUCACUCAGGAUUUUCUCAAAAGCGUAGAGGAAGUGCUGUCUUCUCCAGGGAUGCCAGAGCAGUCCACCCCUGUGGUCAGCGGCCUGAUUGAGACAGUGGACAGAGUGAUGGAACACAUGGUGACUAUCCUGGAGCCCAGCCCGAACUCUCUCAUCUCCCUGGGCGGAACAACUCUCGUUGCAGACUACUCUCUGAUGAAGUUCCCGCAGAACUACAACCUGCCGCAUUACCGCUUCCCCAUGCAGGGCAAGAGCUACAUCUCAGUUCCUGGGGAGGCUUUCACCAUGCAGUCUCAAACCACCAUCGUCGGCCUCUUCUACCACAACAUACACAGCUAUUACAAAGAGAUCAGCCCUAUCAAGACCAGGAUUAAUGAAGCAACUGACUUCAAGGACCACAAGAUCCAGGUGGCCAGCUGUCUCAUCUCUCUGAAGGUGGAGCCUUCACCGGCCCUGUCAGUCAACCUCUCUGGAGCACCACUCAUCAAGAUCGUCCUCACCCACAUCCUGAGCAAAGACCAGCAAAACCAAGCUUUAAAUGCAAGCAAUAAAGUCUUCCUCUACUGUGCCUUCUUGGAUUAUAGUUCAAAGGAGGGAGUUUGGUCCAAUGAGGGCUGUGUGCGCUCAGGUGGCAACAUGACAUACUCUGUGUGUCUGUGCAACCACCUCACCAACUUUGCCAUUCUUAUGCAAGUGGUGCCCAUAAAGAUUGGCGAUGUCCACCAGAUGGCACUAUCCACCAUAGGUUAUGUCGGCUGCUCCAUCUCCAUACUCUGUCUUGCCAUCACUCUGGUCACCUUUGCUGUCCUGUCGUCAGUGAGUACCAUACGUAACCAGCGCUACCACAUCCACGCCAACCUGUCCUUCGCCAUCCUGGUGGCUGAGAUCUUACUGCUCAUCAGCUCUCGCUUCAGCCCGGGAACGCUGCCCUGUAAGGUGAUGGCAGUCCUGCUUCACUUCUUCUUCCUGAGCGCCUUUGCCUGGAUGCUGGUGGAGGGCCUCCACCUCUACAGCAUGGUGGUCAAGGUGUUCGGCUCUGAGGGCAGCAAACACUUCUACUACUAUGGCAUCGGCUGGGGUUCUCCACUAGUGAUCUGCGUAGUGUCCAUGACCUCAGCUCUGGACAGCUACGGUGAGGUCGAUAACUGCUGGCUGUCAUUGAAGAAUGGAGCCAUCUGGGCAUUUGUGGCUCCGGCACUGUUUGUCAUUGUGGUUAAUAUUGGCAUUCUGAUAUCUGUCACGAGGAUUAUAUCUCGUAUCGGUGGAGAGAAUUACAAGGUUCAUGGAGAUGCUAAUGCGGUCAAACUGACUGCCAAAGCAGUGGCGGUGCUGCUGCCCAUACUAGGCAUUUCUUGGAUCUUUGGCGUUCUUGCCAUCAACACCCACACCCUGCCAUUCCUCUAUAUCUUUGCAGUGUUCAACUCAUUACAAGGGUUCUUUGUCUUCCUGUUUCACUGUCUGCUCAACUCUGAGGUUAGAGCUGCCUUUAAACACAAAACCAAGGUGUGGUCUCUCACCAGCAGCUCUAUCCGAAACAUCAAUGUGAAACCCUUCAACUCUGACAUUAUGAAUGGCAACAAGGAGGGUGUCACCCCCACGAAGAUGAACACAUGGGACAAGAGCACCAACUCAGCCAAUCGCAUCGACCUCUCAGCCGUCUAAAACCACAGAUUGUCAUGCCUGUCCACGGUGGAAGAAAGACGGCAAUCUGAAGAAUGACAAACACUGGCCAGAGUAUUUUGUCCCAACUGUUUUAUGUGAUGAAUGUCCACUCAGAUGAAAUAAGUGAUUCCAAAGGAGGUGUUAGGUGUUAUAGCUGACUAGUAGCUUCACUUUUAAAGACAAGCAGACUCCAAGGACUGUGCCUUCUUAUUGUCUCAUUUAAAGACAUCUCAUGUUACCCUAAAACUAGGGCAGGGAUUUCUGAGGAGACACAAGGUCAGCGAAGUGACAGAGAGCUUUAGUGUGGUUCAGAUGCCAUGACGCUCCUUGCAGGGAGUGACCGGCUGUUUUUUUUUUUUGUUUUGUUUUUGUUUUUGUUUUUUUGUCUGUCUGUCUGACAAAAGACAACACGCAGAAGUGUCUAGACUCGUCCAUUGCCUAGCCUACGUGUCUAUUACAGUCAAUUUAUUUUUUUGGCCAGAGUUUAUUUAAAUAGCAGUAAUAUGCUUUGACAUGUACAUUUACUUUUUCACAUAGUGCGACUCCACCCGCUUUUAUGUACCUGCAGAAACUGUAAGACUGGCUAAUCUGCCUAAUGUUAAGAUAAUUUGUAAUGGCAAUCACACAAUCAUGACUUUCAUAUGGUUAUGAGGGGUACAAAUGUUGGAUAUGUAAAUGAAAAGGGAGGCACCAUACUUUCAUAAAGUAUAGUGUUUGAUUCACAGCUGAAAUAGAAGUGUUUCACCAAAAGUAUUUGAUUCAUAAUCCACACUGACACAUUGACUGUAUUAUCUGUAUUCACAGCAGUGUGAGCUUCUUCAAGAUUAGACACAUGUACACAGCAUUCAUUUACAUUUUAGCAGCCUAAUAUAAUAACUACAUAAGGACAAUAUUGUGUUGCAGUAAAUGAGACCCAGCAUUCUGUUGUAUUUAUUUAUUUUGUGAUUCAGAGCUCUGUAUCAUGUUUUCACAAGGCAUCACAGCUCGCAUUCUUGUGCUGUUCAGUGCUGUGUCUCUGUUUGUGUGUUGUAUCUCCUUUUGAAAUGAAACGACCAUGGUAUUUUGUAGUACCUCACUUAUUAGUAAGCUACAUUUUUUAUGCUUUUUUUUUUUUUUUUUUUUUUGAAGAGUUUUGAAUUCUUGGUUGUGUUCAAGACACAAUUCUGUGAAUUUUUUGUGGCGUGUUGUUCCGCUGUUUCUGUUGCAAUUUUUUUGGUUUUGAAGUUUCAUACCUGUGUUUUUAAUCUUAAAAAAAAAAAGGUCAUAAAAUAUGUAUUCUGUAACAGAGGGGUUUGAUUUAAGUCCAGGCAAUUGCAACCUUGAUCUACUGUGAGACUGGAGGGAGAUAAACAUAUUUGAAAAUUCUUCACUGAUCUUACACUGUACAACCAAGUUUCUUAAAACAGGAUUUACUGUAAAUCGUACUAUGCUCACUUUCCAUGUCACUUUUGAAUGAAUAGUUAAUUUUCAAAUAUUUCUAAACUCAAAUCAUAAUGUUUAUUGACUGUUUUCUAAGGUACUAUGUUCUGCCCAUUCUGUGCUUCUACAUUA